AUGUCUGAACCCGUCGCUAUCGAUGCCACCCGCGCACCCGCAUCCCUUUGGGACCGCGUGUCGAACUGGGUCUCGGAGAAUAAAGCUGUCGCUUAUACCAUCGCUGGAACAGUAGUUGUCAUCACGAGUGCUGGCGCCAUCUACUAUUUCUCAAGUCAGAAAAGCGGUGCCCCUGCUACGCCUACAGAAAAGAGAAAGAGCAAGAAAGAGCGACGGAAAGAAAAGAAAGCUGCCGAAGAGGCACAGAAGGCAGGGAUUAGUCUGAAAGAUGAGGAAGCUGGCACGGCGCCUCGAGCUGCGACCGUCGAGACCGAGGAUGAAAUACCCGAGAUCAACGAGUCCAACAUUGAAAACUUCUCGAAAGAGGUAGAGCUGCCUACACUGUCCUUGAGACGCUAUUCUGACCAUGACCAUGAGCAGGAGAGAGCAACAUAUGCCGGCAAAUUAAAGGCUGCCGGCAACAAAGCAUAUGGCUCCAAAGACUACAAUAAGGCCAUCGAGCUUUAUGGGAAAGCAAUCCUAUGCAAACCCGAUCCUGUGUACUACUCUAACCGAGCCGCUUGCUACAACGCCCUUAGUGAAUGGGACAAGGUGGUAGAAGAUUGUACUGCUGCCAUCUCGAUGGACCCAGAAUACGUCAAAGCUCUGAAUCGCCGCGCACACGCGUAUGAACACUUGGGACUCUUCUCUGAAGCGUUGCUGGAUUACACAGCCAGUUGCAUCAUUGACGGAUUCAAGAAUGAAAACAGUGCCCAAAGCGUGGAAAGAUUAUUGAAAAAGGUGGCAGAGAAGAAGGGCAAAGCGAUUCUUGCCGGCAAGAAAAACAAAUUACCUGGUGCAACCUUUGUUUCCAACUAUCUGCAGAGCUUCCGGCCGCGCCCGCCGCCUGAGGGCCUGGAUGAAAGCGCUGAGCUCGAUGAGAAUACCGGCAAAGGCCAGCUUCAGCGUGGCUUGAUCGCCAUGCAGAAGAAGACUGCCGAAGGUUACGACGAAGCUGCGGCGGCCUUCAAGAAAGCUCUUGAACUCGGAGACCUGGGUGAGCAUGAGGCUUUUGCCUACAACAUGCGUGCCACGUUUUUGUACCUCGAGGGCGACAUCACCAACGCUCUCGAUGACCUCAACAAAGCCAUUGAGCUACAACCUUCUCUCACUCAACCAUACAUCAAGCGUGCUAGUAUGCAGCUGGAGUUGGGGAACAAAGACCUUGCUGCAGAGGACUUUGAAAAGGCCAUGACACAGGACAAAAACGAUCCGGACAUCUUUUACCACCGUGCACAGCUGCAUUUCAUUCUCGGAGAAUAUGCCGACGCCGCCAAGGACUACCAAAAGUCCAUUGAUCUGGACAAGGACUUUAUCUAUUCGCACAUUCAGCUGGGCGUCACCCAAUAUAAGCUAGGAUCGAUCGCGUCUUCGAUGGCAACAUUCCGACGAUGUGUGAAGAAUUUUGACAAAGUGCCCGACGUGUACAACUAUUAUGGCGAGCUGCUGCUUGAUCAGCAGAAGUAUCAGGACGCCAUCGAGAGAUUCGAGACCGCAAUCGAUAUGGAGCGCCAGACAAAACCCAUGGGAGCUAUCAACGUGCUCCCGCUCAUCAACAAAGCCUUGGCACUUUUCCAGUGGAAGCAGGAUUUCAAGGCGGCGGAAGAGCUUUGCGAGAAAGCGUUGAUCCUGGACCCUGAAUGCGACAUUGCUGUGGCCACAAUGGCUCAGCUCCUCCUUCAACAAGGCAAGGUGACCAAGGCUCUGGAGUAUUUUGAGCGCGCCGCCGAGCUGUCGAGAACAGAAGGGGAAAUUGUCAAUGCGCUUUCUUACGCCGAGGCCACACGUACGCAGCUGGAGGUGUCACAGAAGUAUCCUCAACUGGCUGCCCGUCUGCAACAAAUGGAGGGCGCAGGCCUCGGCGGACCUCAACUGAGGUAA